UGAAGGCUCUACCAAUGAGUUAAUCAAUGAUGAGCUGGGUAUAGAUUACCCAAUAAUCGAUGUUAUCCCAAACAUGAUCCCAUAGGAUGCCCACGUGCUUCAUAAAGAUCGGAAAGCUGAGAACACGGAGCAGACAACAUAGGUUUUUGGCUUUGUUUGUACAAAUAGUAAAGAAGCCAUGUUUCUCUCCCUCCCUGUGCUGACUGUGCUCAUUCCUCUGGUGUCUUUGACAGGGUUAUUAUACUCUGCCUCAGUGGAUGAGGAUUUCCCUAAAGGUUGCACCAGUACAGCCAGCUUGUGUUUUUACAGCCUGCUGCUCCCCAUCACUUUGCCCGUUUAUGUGUUUUUUCAUUUGUGGACCUGGAUGGGAAUCAAGCUCUUUAGGCACAAUUAAUGCAUAAGUGAACAAUAAAUAUCUCAUUCAGAUAGGUUGGUUACGACUUUGUAUAGAAAUAUAACCAUUUCAUAGAAAUAAAAUUAGAAAUAUGA